AUGGAGAAAAAAUUGGUGGCAGCAUAUAACGACAGCAGGGCUUGGUGUGUUAGCCAGGCUAAUGAUGAUGUCUAUGAGGUCCACUCCCACCCAUCGGUGUUGGUUGAUGUCGGCAAGCUGACAUGUUCUUGUUUUCAGUGGCAGAUUAACGGGUUCCCAUGUUCCCAUGCUGUGGUUGCAUUCCGUAAUAGUGGGAGAAAUAUCUACGAUGCCAUAGACUCCGCAUUUUGCAUUGAUACAUUUCGAGCUACUUAUAGCGGAACCAUAUACCCCAUCCCAACAGUGAGGAGGCCACUGUUUAACCCAGCUGAAUGUUUGAUAGCUCCGCCGACGGCCAAGCGUCCCCCCGGUCGGCCAAAACGGAAGAGAAUUCCGUCCAAGGGGGAGGUAGUGCAACGUAUACGUUGUGGUCGUUGCGGAAAAGUGGGCAAUCACAAUAAGAAGACAUGCAAAGAGCCAUUACAGUUGGGCUGCCAUAUGAUUUAA